AUGCACGUCCGUAAUCUUUUCUUGGCCGCGUCUUUGGCAAUGCCAAUGAUAGCGAUGCCAUUAUCCGUCAACAAUCUUAUUCCACAAGAAAGCGUUGCAAUCGAACGUCGAGACUUUUCCGUUACUCAGCUGUUUCGAGAUUUUUUCAAGCGAGAGCCACUUAUAGAAGCCAUUCCAAGAGCGGCUGCUCCUGAAGCAUCUGUUGAGGAAGAGGAGGACGAUAAUGUUGAUGCGGUCGGCAUACUAGAAGGGCGCUCAAGUACAAGGCCCGUCAAAAACAAACCUGGUGGUCCAACUAAGAGAGCCAUCAAAGGCGGAGGUGGUGGUCCAACCAAGAGAGCAAUCAAAGGCGGAGGUGGUGGUCCAACCAAGAGAGCAAUCAAGGGUGCGGGCGGUGGUCCAGGCAAGAGAUUCACUGAGUCCUUAGAUGUCCAAUCUGAAGAAGCGGAUAUCAAAGCCUGA